AAAGUAAUUUACUUAGGCCAUUCUUGGAUGUAUAAACAAUGGUUUGUAUUCCUAUAUGAUUACACCUUCCAGCACCUACAGGGGGCCCAGCCUUGGAUGGAUAGUCUCGGCCAGACGCUUAACCAGGUGGACACUAUAGAGAGACACGUCAAGUACCUACGAUGCCUUCAACAUAUAGAAGAACUCAGUGCUGCAGUCCAGCAGUGUCUGAUGACCAGCAGUGUCUGGGAGGCCAUACGGGCAGUGGACAGCAUGGCUGCACUGGACACUGGACUCAGCCAGUCCGGAUGUUCUCACCUCCAGGACUUCCUCCGAGAAACACUACACUUCUGGCACAAGAUCAUCAAAGACAGACUGGCCGGUGAUUUUGAGAAAGUGUUGACUCAGCUUCACUGGCCGAUCAUCUCCCCUCCAACUCAGUCUCUGACUCCCACCGCCAACGGUCAGGAGAUCAGCAGCCAGUUGGAGCUGCUCGUCUCACAGCUGCUCGCCCUGCAGACCUC